UCCAUCAGUUUAUUACAAAGCAGCUCUCAGUUCGGAUCCAGAAAUGGCGGUCCGGCCGACGAUGUCCCGGUUCCCAGCCGACCUGAGGGAGCAGGAGGCCUGCAGCGUGCCGUGGGGCGUGACCCUGACGCCGUUCGCAGCGAAAGAUGAGAACGGCAUCCCGCCGGUGUACGGAUCCGGCGGUGAGUUGCUGCCGCGAUGCGAGAAUUGCUGGGCCUACUACAACACCUACUGCGAGCAGGAUCAGUGGUCCUGGGACUGCGCCCUUUGCGGCACCACCAAUGGUCUCACGUCGGAGUCCAUCGCUCGAUACGCACUUCCCGAAUCUUGCCCGGAGAACAAGUCCUCAUUCAUUGACCUGGAGCUGCCGCUGGAAGAAUCUGAAGAAAUGCAGGCAAGGCCAGUGUAUGUUGCUGCGGUUGAUCUCACUUCAUCAGAAGAGUUCCUGGAACUUACUAAAAGUGCUCUGCUGGCUGCCUUGGAAGCUCUUGGGCCAGGGUCCCUCUUUGGUCUUGCUACGUUCAGCCACAAAAUAGGCUUGUAUGAUGUUCAGGGGCCCAUUCCAGUGGUCAAGAAUGUGUUCAUUCCCCCUGAUGACAACCUGGCAAUGGAUCUUGAAGAUGUCAUGCCAUUGUUUUCUUUUUUGGCUCCAGUUGAUGCAUGUAAGGACCGUAUUGCAUCUGCACUUGAAACUCUGAAGCCAACAACUUCAUGGGAGCGGACAACAGCUGCCGGUCAAGCGGUAGAUGGUGUUUUACUUGGUGGCCGAGGGUUUGGAGUGGCGAUGGAAGGUCUACUCAAAUAUUUAGGAUCAGAAUAUGGAAAUACAUUUGCGCUGGCUAGAGUUUUUGCCUUCUUAUCUGGUCCACCAGACUAUGGUCUUGGUCAGCUGGACACCAGGCGGUAUGGCGAGCAAUAUGCUAGUAAAGGAGAGGAUGCAGAUCGUGCUUUGCUCCCAGAACAGACUCCAUUUUAUAGAGAUCUGGCUGCAGGUGCUGUUCAAUCUGGUGUAUGUGUGGAUAUAUUUGCUGUUACAAAUGAGUAUACAGAUUUGGCUUCCUUAAAGUUUCUUAGCAUUGAGAGUGGAGGUUCAUUGUUUCUAUAUUCAAAUACUGAUGAUUCCACCCUUCCUCAGGACAUGUAAGUGAAGUGUUUCUAAUUUAAGAAUGAUCACCUGAGUUGUGAUUAAAAUAAUAUUUAGAUUUUCCUGGAGUAUCUGUGAAGUUUCUGCUGGUACAAAUCGAACAAACCUGUGAUCUAGUUGCUCAACACGUGUUAAGUGUACUUGAUUUAUUUUUUUUAAUGCUUUUGUCAAUCCAAAUUACCUAAAUAAUGGAUAGGUACCGUAUGUUAAGCCGGUCACAUGCUUUCAAUUGUGUCCUACGCAUAAGGACAUCAUCUGAGUUUAAGCUUGGCCAUUCAUAUGGGCAUUUUUUCCCGGACCCAGAAUAUGAAAAUGUUCAGCACAUUAUUUGCUGCGACUCUUUCGCUACAUAUGCCUAUGACUUUGAUUUUGUGAAUGAUGCUGGAUUUUCCAGACACAGCCGAGAACGUCCAACAUUGCAAAUUGCAUUUCAGUACUCAGUUGUUGUGCCUUCUGAUGGACCCUCCCUACAGGGUUCGGGUUCUUCAAAGAGAGCUAAAUAUUCCCUGAAAAGGAGACUGAGGAUCAGAACUGUACAACUCGAUACGGCUCACCAUAUCAGUGAAAUUUAUGAUAGUGUUGAUCCUGAAGUUGUUCUAUCAAUACUUGUUCAUGAGGUGAUCUUGUCCUCUAUGGAGAACGGAGUCCGAGAGGGCCGAAUCCUGCUACAUGAGUGGCUUGUAAAUCUAACUGCUCAGUAUAAUGAUGCUUUCAAGAUUGCUGAGUAUGCGAGAGGGAACUUAACCACAUCUCAGGUUGAUGUUGCCUUCACUCAGUGCCCUCAGCUGCAAUCUUUGCCCCGCUUAGUAUUUGCGCUGCUCCGCAAUCCUCUUCUUCGAUUUCAUGAAGAAGGUGUCCAUCCAGACUAUCGCAUCUAUCUUCAGUGUCUAUUCAGUGCUCUGGAACCUUCUUCACUUACGCUUGCUAUAUAUCCAUUGCUGGUGUCUUAUGAAACGCCAGAUAAACAAGCAUUUCCUCGCCAUUCACUGAGCCGUGCUGCAUUACUAACGAGUGGUAGCCCAAUAUUUUUCCUUGAUGCCUUCACAACUCUUGUUGUGUUCUAUUCAUCUACAGCUGACUCUGCACUUCCUUUUCCUCCACCUCAGGAUUGGCAAGAUGAUGCAACUGUGUUCGAGAACUACUUAAUAGAGGAGCAGGAUGUCGAAGGGAGUGGUGUCACGAGCGUCAUGGGUUUCGUCUCGUUUUUGGACGAGAUUAAUCGUGAUGUGGUCGAGUACAUGAGUAAAUUGAACGGCGAUAUACGCGAUACUCCAUUUGAAACGGCCUUUUGCAGAGUGGGAAAUGCAGUUUGGGUCCGUAUGAGGGUGCAAAUAGCCGGAUACUUUGCAGGAUCUGUAUUACUAUUAACCAUACUUGAUGCAACUUUAGCGUUAGAUAAGAUGGGC